AUGAAAGGCUGGUUGACGGUGACGGGCUGGCAAGGUCUUGUUGCUUCGGGGGGAUAUCUCACGGGGACUAUCAUCCAGAGUUUGAUUGUCUUGACUGUUCUUUCAUAUGCGGCGUCUGAAACUUCGUGGCAAGACACGUUGUUAUACUGGGCGGCGAUAUUUUUGGCGGGUUUUAUUAAUACGGUGGUUAGUAGUUUGUUGCCGAAGUUAAAAGGUUUGAUACUGGUACUGCAUAUUUUAGGUUUCUUUAGCAUCUUGAUCCCGUUGGUUAUAUUGGCACCGCAUGAUUCGGCAAAGGAUGUGACGGGGUGGCUGAAUGAAGGAAAUUGGUCGAGUCAGGGACUUUCGUUUUUUGUUGGGCUGAUUGGGAAUUUUUUUGCGUUUCUUGGUGCGGAUGGUGCAUUCCACAUGUCCGAAGAAAUCCGCAAUCCAUCUCUAGUCGUACCCAGAUCCAUCAUCUUGAGCAUAAUACUAAACGGAAGCAUGGGAUUAGCAAUGAUAAUACCUAUUCUAUUUUGUCUUGGAGAUAUUGAUGCUGCUUUAUCGACAAAUACUGGAUACCCAUUUAUCGAGAUUUUUUUUCAUGCGACAAGAUCUGUGAGUGGGUCGACAACUAUGGCGUCGCUAGUGGUUUAUGCGCUACUGUUGACAGUCUCGCUUCGACAUCCCGUAUGCUUUGGUCGUUUGCUAGAGAUCAUGGUGUACCUGGCUGGAGAACUAUUUCAAAGGUGGGUGUGCAAAAGUCCAUACACUCUUGAUCCUACGAAUUGUUCGUGGACUACAACUAAUUUGACACUAACACGUCGCACUACGAUUCCACUAUGGUCUAUUGCCAUCACAUGCGUUGUCUCAUGCUUACUUGCAUUGAUCAAUAUCGGCUCCGCAACCGACUUUAACGACGUUGUAUCUUUAUCUGUAGCGGGUCUCUAUAGUUCCUAUCUAAUCUGCGCGCUUCUUCUACUAUAUCGUCGACUCACUGGACGGUUUCAAAAACUCACAGAUAUCUCCGAUGGACCAACUUUGGUAAAUACUACAGGUGCUCAAUUGGUUUGGGGACCAUGGCAUGUUCCCGGAGUAUUCGGUACUAUCAACAGCACUUUUGCUAGUCUUUACUUGACUACUAUUCUGUUCUUCAGUUUUUGGCCCUUUACAUCACCGGUUACUGCAGCGAACAUGAACUAUAGCUCUUUGGUUACUGGUGCCGUAAUGAUAUUUAGUGUAAUAUACUAUAUUAUAUUGGGGAGACAUGAGUGGAAUGGACCAGUUAUCGAGAUUCAUCUGUAA